AUGAAUAUUUUAUUUUUGUCUUUAUUUAUUGUUCCACAUAUUUUAAGUUAUUUUGGGAAAUUUAGAAAUGGGAUAUGUGCUCAAUCUGUUAAUGAUAAUAAUAAAUAUGAAUAUGAAAUUAAUAUAGAUAACAUUAAUAUUUUAAAAGAAGAAGCUUUUGAAAAUCAUGCAUUUAUUUUCUCCAAUAUAAUAUUUGAAAAUUUUUAUAAGAAAAUAUAUGAUGAUUUUCUAAGAGUUCCUAAAGAUAUUAACGGCAUUAGAAGUUAUAUCAAAAAUAACGAAUUAUUGAAAACAAUAAAUAAUUCUGUAAAUAUAAUUUCCCCAAAAAGAAUAUCUAGAAAAUUAUAUGAAGAUUUACUCUAUGAUGAUUACUAUGAUGAUAAUGAGAAUGUUGAUAGAUUUGAAUAUGAUUCUGAUAAUGAAUAUGAAGAUUUUUAUGACAAAGAAAGCUUUUUAGAAACUAAUAAUUAUUACAAUAAUGCAGAUGAUCAUAAUGAAUAUGAGAACUAUAAUGAUAAUAAUAUAGAAGAAAGUUUUUUAGAAAAAGAUAAUUAUAAUGAAGAAAUGGAUGAUGUAUAUGAUCAUAAUCCUAAUGAUAAUAUAAAUGCAGAAAGUUUUCUAGAAAAAAACGAAGGCAUGAAUGAUGAUUAUGAUGCAUUUGAAGAAGAUUACAAUGAAGAGCAUUAUGAUGAUAUGUAUGAAGAUAAUAAUUAUUACAAUAAUUAUGAAAAAAAUGAGACUAAUGAAGAUAAUUAUUACGAAACUAAUAAUGGAAAUAAAACAUUUUUAGAGGAUAAUGAUAAUUAUUCUAAUGAUGAAAAGUAUAGUACUUUCGUUUCUCGAUUUUUAGAAAAAGAUGAAAGUUAUAACAAUAAAGAUAAUAAUGAUAUAAGUAAUGGAGAAAGUUUUUUUGAAAAAGGUUCACAUGAUAAUAGAUAUUAUGAUGAGCAUGAUAUAGAUUAUGAUAAUGAUUAUGAUAAUGAUUAUGAAAAUGAUGAUAAUACUUACCUUGAUUCAAGCUUUUUAGAAAAAGGAAGAGGUAAUGAUGAAUAUUAUGAUAAUUAUGAAGAGGAUGGUAAUGAUUAUGAAGAAGAUUAUAAUGAAAAUGUUGAUGAUGAAUAUGGAUAUGAUGGUUUCACAAACUCGGAUGAUACAAAUUAUGAAGAACAAAUGGACAUAAAUGGAGAUGCAUUUGAUAAUCAUCAUUUAAAUGAAAUUAAUCAAGCUCAAGAUUUUCAUUCUUUUAUACAAACUGAUGUAGACUAUGUAAAUAAUAUAAUUGAUAAACAUAAAGAUAUAAAACACAAUGAUAAAAAUGAAGGAAAAGAAUUAAAGAAAGAAUCAAUGAUUAAAAAUAAUAAUGAUGAGACUAAUGAAAUAACAGAAGAUAUUAAUGAUCCUAAUGAUGAAUUAAAUGAAUUUAUUGAAGAUGAUAUUAAGGAUACAACAACGAACGAUGAAAAUAUCAACCCUGUUUUAAAUAAUGAAGAUUUAACGGAAGAAGAUAAAAUUAAGGAAAAUAAUGAAGAAAUGAUAAAUGGAGAAUCUGAUGACAUAAUAGAAAAUGAUAAAAUGGAAGAAGGCACAUUAAAUGAGGAAAUUCCUGAAGGUACAAAUGAAGAGUUACUAGAAAAUCCAAUUUUCGAUGAAACGUCUGAUAUAAAUAAUAAUGAAGAAAAAGUCAAUACAUUAAAAAAUGAUCUAGAAGAAAAUGAAAAUCCAGAAAAAUAUUUUGAAAAAUUAGAUGAAGAUUUAACUGAUCAAGGAAUUAAUGAAGAAACAUUAUUGAAGGAUAAUGAAGAUGUAAAUGAUUCUAAAUUUAUGCAACAUAAGAAAAGAGAAAAUAACAUUUAUCCUCAUAAUCAUCAUGCUGGUACUUCCUACAAAAAAGAAAUUAAUCAAAAUAAGAUUUCUACAAGUGAUGCAAAUAUUGAACUCCAAGAUCACAUUGAAGAUGAACAAAAUGAUGUAACUAAAUUGGAAUCCCAAGAAGAAUUUAAUAUUCCUAUUGUUAUUGAAGCAAGGGAAAUUCAUGUUGAUAAUGAGAAAGAAAUAAAUGAAAACAAAUCAACUGGUUCCAUGUCGAUUCUAAGUUCUUUAGUUAUUCUUUUGAUUACCUACUUAUGUUUAAUGAAUUAA